UGUUGUUUCGGAACGUAAUGCACAGUGAAGAACACAACAUGCUUUCGACGUUUCAACGCUCGAUUGGUUAGAAGGUCCGCUUUAGGUAAAGAGAUUAGGAGGGAACAAUCCAUGGAACCGCUUGACGAAAUAGGUCAUAGAUUAGCCACAUGGCCCAGUAAUAGUGAGCUUCAUCAUGUGCCUCCUAUUUCCUUCCAAGGAUCAACUGUCGGCGAACUUCGUCAUGCACGCGGGCUCGGACUCCGGCCUUGUUAGCCAGGCAGCAAAAGCUCCACUAGUUCUCUUCUUGUAGCUUUGUAUUAUUACCAUGUCCGAAUCUAUCAGCGAGAAGCCUAUUAUCCAACGACGUUCAGAUGCUAGCAGCUGCUCAUAUUCAGGGAAGGGGGACGCAGCCAUCGUCGACGUGACCGAAUGCGACCAUUGCACUCGAUAUCCCAACAGAUGGUGUAGGAUUCGGGAAUAUCUUCGCGAGCCUGCUGCUGAGUUCUUCGGAAUUAUGUUUCUGAUCAUAUUUGGAGUCGGUGGCGAUCUGCAAGUCGUCUUAUCUUCAAAUCCAAAUGUCGCGCCUACGUCCAAAGGUAGUUACCUUUCACUCAAUUUCGGAUGGGCAGUUGGUGUUGCUCUAGGCGUAUACGUUUCUGGUGGAAUAUCCGGUGGUCACAUAAACCCUGCUGUUACUUUGGCUCUUGCAACCGUUCGCAACUUCCCUUGGAAAAAAGUACCUAUUUACAUGGCUGCCCAACUUAUGGGAGCCCUUUGUGGUGCUGGCAUUGUCUACGCCAAUUAUUUCCAUGCUAUCGAUCUAUACGAAGGUGGCCCAGGGGUCCGCACUGUCCCUGGUACUGCAAGCUUAUUCUCUACUUACGCCUUGGAUUACAUGACUCCUGUGUCAUGUUUCUUCUCGGAAUUCUUGGCCUCUGCUGCACUAAUGAUGGUCAUUUUGGCCAUCACUGACAAAAGAAACAACCCCCCAGCGCCGGGACUUGUCCCAGUCGCGUUGUUCAUUACAAUCCUCGGUAUCGGUGCUUCACUGGGUAUGGAGACUAGCUACGCUAUCAAUCCUGCUCGUGACUUAGGUCCGCGCUUGUUGACUGCGAUGGUGGGAUAUGGUAGAGAUGUAUUCACUUAUCGGAGCCAAUACUGGUUGUGGUGCCCCAUUUUAGCUCCAUUCCUUGGUAUGCAGUUUGGAGCCUUAUUCUACGAUUUAUUCCUCUUCACGGGUUCUGAGAGCAUUAUCAAUAAGCCUGAUGCGGAAACUCAAAAAAGACAUCUUCACGCAUGCCCUCAACAGAGAAACAAGGUUCCCGCCGGUGCGGACAGUGUUUGAUUUUUAUUGGUGAUAUUUGGUUGGUACCGUAGGUUUCAUUUCUUAUGAUGGUCGGACUAUUUACGAAUUCUACGAUAUGGAAUGCCUCUGGAAAUGAUUGGUCACGUCACCUGUAGCACAGGAAUGUCAUUUGCUUUAUUUACAUAAUACGAAAUGCAUCUUCGAACU